UCGAGACGAUCUCAGAGCGAUCGAGAAUUGCAAAUCGUGUAGAAGCGGAACGACUCGUCAUAAUCAUUUCUGGCUUUUUCCCCAGAGGUUGCAUACUGUCGACCUCUCUGCGAUAUCUACCCACACGUUCAAUAAUACAUUGAAUAUAGUACUCAAUCAAUCGGCCGUAUAAAAAGCGAGCGUUUAGCACUGCGUUUCUAUAGUUAACCCGUUGCACCAAUUCAACAUGUCUCGCCUUCUCAUUAUGAUCGGCCUAUUGGCACUCGGCGUUUGCUUGGCCAGCGCACUACCAGCCCAACCCUUUGUGGAUCAUAGCAAUGGAAAGGAGACGUCGAUUCCUGGCACAACGACGCCAGAGGACUCGCAGCCAGCUCAGCGAGUGCCCAACGUCCUGUACAAUCGGGCCGGCAAUGUUGUGUUGCAAAACGAGGCUGGCACCAUCUAUAAGCGUCCCGAUGGGCGCACGGUCCUAAUUGGAGCUAAUGGUCAGACGCUUGUGACUCGCUCGGAUGAGAGUGACGAGGAUACGUCCAUUGAUGAUGAUGACGAUCAAUUUAGACGCCAAAAGGGAAACCGCGGAAAUAGCGGCAAUAUCUUCAUAUCUCAAGCCGGCGGGAGCGGCAUCCAAACCUACAAUGGCUACCGGAGUGAGCUUGUCGAUGGUGGACUACGGCUGACCGUCAACGGUUUUACCUACAACUUCCCGGCUAAGGACGCUAGCGUCAAUUCCAAGCAACAAAUCAAAAUCAACGGCGAAAAUGCUACGCUGCAGUAUGACAAUGGCAACAUAGUUGUCGAAAUGGCCGAUGGCACAGUGAUUGGCAAGGCCGAAGGCGGACUCUUCACUGGCAAUCGCCAUUCGUACGACAACCGCAAGAAGAUCCAGGAGGAACUGGCAGCCAAUAUUGCAACUCUUCAAUACAAUUUGUCUCACUUGCAAGAUAAUAUAGCCCGGCAGAUCAACCAAAUUGGAAUCAAUCUAAACAAUUUUCCUUUUUAG